AGGUAUGAAUUUCUAAUCCCCUGUUUUGGAUCUCCUCUGUUUUUGCUCUGUUUGGUUUUGUUUCAAUGGAGUUUGAUCACAAAAAUUUCCUGGCACAAACAAGUCUGAGUGAGCAAUUCGUUUGUUUACUUCCUUGUAAUCCACUCUUGAACAAAGGGGGUUAUUGUAUUGAAUCUUGUUUCAAAACCUGCCCUGAUGUCUGUAAGAAUCUUGUAGUCUAUGUUGGUAGUCAGCUUGCUCCUCCAAUUGUACCAAACCCUCCUACGCCGCCAUCUACGCCGCCGCCAUCCCUGCCUGAUAAUUCUUAUCAGCCCACAUCUGAGCGGAAGCAGUUGAUUGAAACAAGUAUGACUAUCACAAUUUGUACGAUUGGGGCUGCUCUUCUUCUUGCUAUUGUUUUCUCAAUUUUUAGAUUUUACCGCCGCCGCCGCCGCAACAAUUCGUCGAGGAGUAGGUCUUUACCGAUUUUGUUUGAUACCCAACAAGAUUUUAUUGAUGAAGAUCACGGUCCUGUUCUUGACCAUCCCAUUUGGUACAUACACACUGUUGGUCUCCCACAAUCUGUGAUUGACUCUAUAACUGUCUGCAAGUUUCGAAAAGAUGAGGGUUUGAUUGAGGGAACGGAUUGUUCUGUUUGCUUGAAUGAGUUUGAAGAAGAUGAGAGUCUUAGGCUUUUGCCGAAGUGCAGUCAUGCCUUUCACAUCCCUUGUAUUGAUACCUGGUUGAGAUCACAUAAGAAUUGCCCGCUUUGCCGCGCCCCGAUUGUUUAUGACACUGCUAGUGCUCAGGUGAGUGACCCGGAGCCUGUUUCGAGUGGUUCAGGUUCAAGGGAUAGCGGUGAGGUGGAGAAUUUGGAGGGUGAUGGAGGGGCUGAAAGUGUUGGAAGUUGGACAAAUGAGGUUGGGGCUGGAGAGGAUGGUAAUGUUUCUGUAAUUCCAAUUGAGGGAAGGGCUGCUGAAAGUUCGAGGAAGGUUUUGCGAAAUUCUAUUGUGCCUGUGGGAAGUUGUGAUCCGAGAGCAUUAAGUGAUUUGACUGACAAUCGGCGUGUUACUGAAGAGGAUAUUCAACCAAUGAGGAGAUCAGUUUCGAUGGAUUCAAUGUCUGCUUUGAGAAUAUAUCGCGAUGUGGCGAAUGUAAUUCCUGAAGAAGGAAGUUCGAAUUCCCAAUCACAUGUAAAGAAUAUGAAUUCGGGGAAUGUUUCGAAGCAUGGCAGUUCAAGUUCUAGCCUAGCCAAACUAAUGAGAAGUUCUUCAAUUGGGUUUUCUCUGCAGAUGGGGUCAAUAUCAAUGAAAAAGCCCUUUGCAUCUGGCAGGAAGCUUUUUUCAUCCAAACAUGGAAGGAGUCUUAGCUCAAUCCUACCCUUAUGAAGAUUUGGGCACCUCUGGGCACCCUCUAUAAUGUCUCAAGUUUUAAGUCAGUUUCUAGCAAAAUCAAGAAAUCAAUGGCCUUCUAAACGGCCAUUGCGCCAUUCCUACAUGAGAAAAACCAAGUUGGUAUAGUGAUGUGUCAAUACAAAGGACAGACUGAAGCGGUUGUACAUUGAAAUAAGGGUUCUGGUACUGAAAUUUCAAGUUUUUUAGGCUCUCAAAGGUAAGAAAAUAAAAAGAACAUAUGGACUGCAACAAGUGUGGUCUUAUAUUAUGGCUUCUGAUAGUGAUUUUUCUUUUGUUGUUAAAGUACAUGUCUUCAACGCAGAAUGCGUGAAAUCUUCAAGACAACAUAUACUUUUUACUACCAAAUUUGUCGUAAUUUCAACUUUGAAUUGUCUUUC